AUGGUUUUUGCUUUUUCCUUUGCUUUGGUCACAGUAUGGGUGCUAGGGAUCUUUGUCAAGCACCACAACUCUCCCAUUGUCAUAGCAAAUAACCGGAACCUUAGCUACGUGCUCCUCAUCUCCCUCCUGCUCUGCUUCCUUUGUCCUUUGAUCUUCAUCGGCCAACCUGAUAAAAUGAUGUGUCUUCUCAGACAAAUGGCUUUUGGCAAUGUCUUCUCAGUGGCUGUGUCUUGCGUGUUGGCAAAAACCAUCAUUGUGGUUCUCGCAUUCAUGGCUACCAAACCAGGAAGCGGGAUGAGGAAAUGGCUCAGGAAAAGACUGACCAACUCUAUUGUUCUUGUGUGUUCCCUUAUUCAAGCAGGCAUGUGUAGUGUGUGGCUGGCAACCUCUCCUCCAUUCCCAGAUGUCGAUAUGGGGUCAGAGAGGAAAGAAAUUGUCCUGGAAUGUAAUGAGGGCUCCGUGGUUAUGUUUUACUGUGUCUUGGGUUACAUGGGCUUCCUGGCCCUUGUCAGCUUUACUGUGGCUUUCCUAGCCAGGAAUUUACCUGGCAGUUUUAAUGAAGCCAAAUUCAUCACUUUCAGCAUGUUGGUGUUCUGUGGUGUUUGGUUGUCCUUUGUGCCAACCUAUCUGAGCACCAAGGGGAAAUACAUGGUCGUUGUAGAAAUUUUUUCUAUCCUAGCUUCUAGUGCAGGACUGCUGGGUUGCAUCUUCUUCCCUAAAUGUUACAUUAUUAUUCUGAGGCCUGCAGUUAACAAAAGAGAUCUGAUAAUAAGAAGAUAG